AUGGCCCGGCGGCGGGGCGCGGGGCCCCUCUGGGCGCUGGGCGGCGCGGCGCUGGGGGUCUGCCUCGCGGGAGUCGCUGGGCAGCUGGUGGAGCCCAGCACGGCCCCGCCCAAGCCCAAGCCGCCGCCGCUGACCAAGGAGACGGUGGUUUUCUGGGACAUGCGCCUGUGGCACGUGGUGGGCAUCUUCUCCCUCUUCGUGUUGUCCAUCAUUAUCACUCUGUGCUGUGUUUUCAACUGCCGUGUGCCACGGACCCGGAAGGAGAUCGAAGCCCGGUACCUGCAGCGGAAGGCGGCCAAGAUGUACACCGACAAGCUGGAGACAGUGCCACCCCUCGAUGAGCUCACCGAGGUUCCCGGAGAUGACAAGAAGAAGAAGAAGAAGAAGGACAGCGUGGACACGGUGGCUAUCAAGGUAGAGGAGGAGGAGAAGAAUGAAGCCAAGAAGUAA